CCACCUAGAAAACAUAAGACACGUGGCAUUAACACAAGAAUACCUGUACCUGAGUUACUAGAUUCACCUCGUGACCACACGCUCUCUCGUAGAGUAUCUAUUUUUACUCUCUGAGUCUCUGGAUCGAUGGAUCCAUCUUAAUUCCCAUUUCCGAAGCAAGUCUCUUAUUACUAUGUCAUAUCCCCAAAUGCCACGAACAAACACAACUCCCUAGAAGUGAUACAACAUACCAAGAAUUGUUUUUUGGCUAUUUUGGUUUCCAAUAAUAUUGGCUGCUACUCCUACUCCAUUUUGUUUAGGCUACGCGGGGUGUGUCAAAGUUGAAAAAAUCAAUUGUAAUAGAGCAAGGACCACGCUGCCAAAGAUAGAAAAUCAGGAUUUGGCCCCGUUCUUUGAUCCUCUUCUCUCUCCAUUUCUUUCUCAAACGGAAACCUCGACUCCAUGCAUUUCACAUUGUUCUGCUGCUCUGCUAUCUCUACACCCACAACAGAUAGCAGCACGCGUUCAGGGGUUAUCGCCCAACGGCAACAACCUCCAAACUGAAACCUUUCGUAGAGAAAUAAUAAUGGAAAUAUGUUACCAUGCCCACAUCGAUCGCGAGAUUGAAUCGCUCCUAGAAAGAAUACAUCCUCCCAGGGUCUGUAUCGAUAAUGAUUCUUGCCGAGACUGCACUGUGGUGAAGGUUGAUAGUGCAAACAGGAAGGGCAUAUUAUUGGAGAUGGUCCAAGUGUUGACAGAUCUUGACCUCAUCAUUUCCAAAUCAUACAUUUCCUCUGAUGGUGGAUGGUGUAUGGACGUGUUCCACGUGACCGAUGAAGCUGGCAAGAAGCUCACAGACGAAACCCUCAUGCUCCACAUCCAACAGGAACUGUGCGCCACUAGAAGUAAAGGGGAGAUUUCAAGGGAUACAGAAUUGGCUAGUCAGAAAGGAGCACAGGCACAGCAACAAAACGUGGCAAUGGAGAACACGGCAUUGGAGAUGAGUGUGACGGACCGAGCGGGCCUACUAUCAGAGCUAUCAGCAGUGCUUGUUGAGUUGGGCUACAGCGUCACCUCUGCAACGGCCUGGACCCACAACGACAGGGUGGCCUGCAUUAUAUUCCUGGAAGACGCAUCCUCACCUGGGCCCAUAAGCGACCCAAAACGGUUGGGCCUGGUGGAGGAGCAGCUGGAGAAUGUAGUGGCGGCCCACGGAGAAACGGGCCAGAAGAACAGCGUGAGGGUGACGACGCUGGGCACCGGGCGCACCCACACGGAACGGCGGCUCCACCAGCUAAUGUACGCCGACAGGGACUACGAGAGCUGCCGCGCCUGUGAUAGGACCCACGUCUCUGUUGGUCGAUGCGAGGACAAAGGCUACUUGGUGGUCAACGUGAGGAGCAGAGACCGUCCUAAGCUAUUGUUCGACACCGUUUGCGUUCUAACGGACAUGCAGUAUGUGGUCUUUCAUGCUGCCAUUAGCUCCAAAAGAUCCAUGGCUGAUCAGGAGUACUUCAUAAGGCACUGCAAGGGUAGUUUAGCUCUGCCCAGUGAAAGCGAGACGGAAGAACUCACCUUAUGCUUAAUCGCUGCAAUUGAGCGGAGAGUCUCGCGUGGAUUAAUGGUAGAUAUUCGAACUGAGAAUAGAAUGGGGCUACUAUCGAAUGUGACCCGGGUGUUUCGUGAAAAUGGGUUAUCCAUAUCGAGGUUUGAGAUUGGAACAGAGGGAGAAAAAGCGGUAGGAUCAUUCUUUGUUACAGAUUCUUCAGGUGAACAAGUGAACCCAAACAUCGUGGAAUUGGUAAGGCAAGCAUCCGGUGGAUCUGUUGUUACAGAUCACAAGUCGCCUCAUAGGGUGCGUCAAUCUCAAUCGGAUAUAGAAGCUAAACCUAAAUUCUCUCUGGGAAGCUUGCUAUGGUCUCGAUUAGAACGCCUUUCCGGUGGUUUUGGGCCCAUUAGAUCGUGACAACUUUAUACCUCCGGAACUAUUCUUCUACCUCAUGGAAUAUGUCACUACUAAAUAUCGGUGUACAUAAGAUUUUUUUUUUAGUUAUUUAGUUUUUUUUCUCUUCUUUUCCUCGUUUGAUUUCCUUGUGGUUGAGGUAGAGGGGUAACUGGGUAAGACUGUAAUAGCUUGCGUUUUUUUGUGGUCAUUGUACAUAUUUUUCUCACAUGGAAAAUCCCACACUAUUACAAGUUGAGAAAUAUGAGUUUUUGCAUAUUA